CACCCCGAGAACUUGCGAAAACCUUGUGCGAUUUGAAUACGAGAUUGUACCACCGUACUCUCCAAAUUAGGAGCGGUAUCCAUCCAUAAUCGACGCCGAACAAUUCCAGGAUUUGAUUGGUGUCGUUUGUUGCGAGAUUCGUUGGAUCUGUCGGCGGUUCGCUGAGUUAUAAUUUUGGUCAUUGUUGUUUGAGCACAGCGUGUUGAGUUCCGUUGAUAAUACUUUAGGAUUUGUGAGUUGUAUUGCGGUGAUACAUGUUUGAUAUCCUUAUGGUUGGGUUCAAGUAUAGAACAGUAUGAGUAUUAGCAGUGAUGAGGUUAAUUUCUUGGUUUAUAGAUACCUUCAAGAAUCCGGUUUUUCGCAUUCAGCAUUUACAUUUGGUAUAGAAAGUCAUAUUAGUCAGUCUAAUAUAAAUGGUGCUCUAGUACCGCCGGCAGCACUCAUCUCAAUCAUACAGAAAGGUCUCCAAUAUGUAGAAGCAGAAAUUAGUAUUAAUGAGGAUGGUACAGUUAUAGAUAACAGGGCAUUGGAAUCACUAUCAUUAAUUGAUGCAGUAAUGCCAGAUGUUAUCUCAACAAAAAAAGCAGAAGUUAAAGCACAAGCUGUUACCGUGACAACACAACCACAGAAUAAUGAAAAUCCUAAAGUGGAUGGAACAAGUACAAAUACGAAUGGAGAUGAUACGAUAGGAAAUUCAUUAGGAGUAAACCACACAGAAGCAAUGGAAGUUGAUGGAGGAAUAGAAAUCCCAACGAAUAAAGCUACAGUUUUAAGGGGACAUGAAUCUGAAGUCUUCAUUUGUGCCUGGAAUCCUAAGAAUGAUCUUUUAGCUUCAGGGUCAGGUGACUCAACAGCAAGAAUAUGGAAUUUAAAUGAUAAUCCUACUGGUCCAAAUCAAUUAGUAUUAAGACAUUGUAUCAGGGAAGGCGGACAGGAAGUGCCGAGUAAUAAAGAUGUAACCUCAUUAGAUUGGAAUAGUGAAGGAUCAUUAUUAGCUACUGGAUCAUACGAUGGUUUUGCCAGGAUAUGGUCAACAGAUGGUAGACAAGUAACUACAUUAGGGCAGCAUAAAGGUCCUAUAUUUGCUCUCAAAUGGAAUAAGAAGGGCAAUUAUAUUCUUAGUGCAGGUGUUGAUAAAACUACUAUUAUAUGGGAUGCACACUCAGGGGACUGUAAACAACAAUUUCCGUUCCAUUCUGCACCAGCAUUAGAUGUAGACUGGCAGUCCAAUAUUAGUUUUGCAUCGUGUUCCACAGAUCAAUGUAUACAUGUUUGUAAAUUGGGAGUGGAGAAACCAAUAAAGACAUUCCAAGGACAUACAAAUGAAGUUAAUGCUAUUAAAUGGGACCCAACUGGUUCGCUCCUUGCAUCAUGUUCAGAUGAUAUGACAUUGAAGAUUUGGUCAAUGAAACAAGAUAGUUGUAUACAUGAUCUACAAGCACAUAAUAAAGAAAUAUAUACAAUAAAAUGGAGUCCCACGGGUCCUGGUACAGAUUAUCCUAAUCAAUCACUUAUGUUAGCUAGUGCUUCAUUUGAUUCCACAGUACGGUUAUGGGAAGUAGAGAGGGGUAUUUGUAUUCAUACGCUAACAAGGCAUCAGGAACCUGUGUACAGUGUAGCAUUUAGUCCUGAUGGCAAAUAUUUAGCUAGUGGUUCAUUUGAUAAGUGUGUUCACAUAUGGUCCACACAGACUGGUAGUCUUGUACAUAGUUAUCGUGGUACUGGUGGAAUUUUUGAAGUUUGUUGGAAUUCUAGGGGAGAUAAAGUUGGUGCCAGUGCAUCUGAUGUUCAGUAUGUGUUCUUGAUCUUCGGAAGUGACAAUGCUGCAUCUAGACUAGUAUUCAUAUUUUAAGUUUAUUUUUUCCCACAAUUGUAUACAUUUGCUUAGAUUCGGCCAUUUUUGCCUCUACAUAUUUAGCUCCGCUGUCGACUUUGUCGAGCGGAGCUUAUCAUAUGAGUGAUUGUCCGUCGUCGUCGUCCGUCGUCGUCGUCCGUCGUCCGUGUCAAUGUUUUACUUUUUCGACUUCUUCUUGAAAACUACAAG